AUCCAAAACUAGUUAUUCCUUGCAUCAACCUUUCCACCUGGGACGAGACUUCUGCAAAUACCCGCAAACCGUUGGCAAAUCGCUCAGUCGCUGGCGUUGAUCGCGCUGGCGACUGUCAGGGGUACAGGCAUCAGAUCCCCGCAUCGAAGCCUCGGCAUCUCUGAGAAUUUGAUAUUGGACAACCACAUCACCAUUCCCCUAGAAAGAGCACACAUCUUGAUCUGAGUCAAUUGAAGAUCUCAUUAUUUUGAUAAAAAGCCACACAAUAUGUCCAUUCCCGUCGCCACGCUCAAAGAUUCGCACUCUCCGCCAACCAAAGACUACCCAGCAUUUGGCUGUCCCACACCAUAUGCAGAGCCUCUCUGGUACUCGAGGAAUGUGUCACCGCAUUACACCGAUUCCCACCGGAAGCUCCGAGCGGCUAUCCGCACGUACGUCGACGAGGAGAUCCUGCCGUAUGCCUUCGAGUGGGAAUCUGCAGGCAAGGUUCCAGACAAGGUUUUCAAGCGCCAUGCAGAGCUGGGCUAUGUGGGUUUGACUACUGGCUUGAAGGAUGUACGGCUUCCUGGGGAUAUACCGUAUGAUGAGUGGAAUUCCUGGCAUACUUUGAUUGUCUCGGAUGAGUUGUCACGUGUGGGGUACUCGGGAGUUUUAUGGGGCCUUGGAGGGGGAAACAGCAUUGGUGUUCCGCCUAUUGUGAACUUCGGGACAGAAGCUCAGAAAGAUAGGUUCCUCCCAGGAGUUGCAAAUGGGAGCAUCAAGUUCUGUCUUGGGAUCACUGAGCCUGAUGCCGGCUCUGAUGUAGCCAAUAUCAAGACGACUGCGGUACGGAAAGGCGAUCACUACGUCGUCAAUGGCAGCAAGAAGUGGAUCACGAACGGCAUCUGGGCCGAUUACGUUACAGCAGCUGUCCGGACAGGAGGACCCGGGGCGGCUGGUGUCUCACUCUUGAUCAUCCCUCUUAAAGUCCAAGGUGUCUCGACCCGACAAAUGUUCAAUUCUGGUGUCGGUGCUUCAGGGAGCACAUUCAUCACCUUUGAUGAUGUGCGCGUCCCAGUUGAGAAUCUGAUCAACCAAGAGAACCGUGGUUUCGAGGUCAUAAUGUCUAAUUUCAACGCAGAGAGGAAGGGUAUUGCUACUCAAUCCAUCAGAUUGAGUAGAGUGUGUGCUGAGGAUGCAUGGAAGCAUGCUUGUACGAGAGAGACAUUCGGGAAGAAAUUGAUUGAGAGUCCGAUUAUCAGGGCGAAGUUCGUCAAGAUGGGAAGGAUGAUCGAACCGGCGCAAGCAUUUCUGGAGCAAUUGACGUGGCUGAUUGAGCUGAGUAAGAAGGAUGGUGGGAAGGAUGGAGAUGGAGUAAGGAUUGGCGGCAUGACCGCUAUGCUGAAGAUUGUCAGCACGAGGUGUUUGGAGAAGUGUGUUCGGGAGGCACAGCAAGUGAUGGGAGGAUUGGGAUAUGCCAAAGGGGGGAAAGGCGGACGGAUUGAAGCCAUUUCAAGGGAUGUGAGAGUCAUGGCGGUCGGUGGGGGAAGCGAAGAAAUCAUGAGCGAGCUGGCAAUCAGAGAGGAAUCGAAAGACCUAAGAAAGUACGCAAGUACGUCCACUUCCUCGAGCAAAUUGUGAGGCCUGGAGACCUCGGAAAAUGUAUUAUCAAUCCAGGGUGCUAUUCGUCCAGUUCUGCUUCCCUGAAGAUGCGUAUCUCCCUGGUGAUAUUUGUUCCUGAACCAGAUGGCAUGUUAUGACCUUCCGUUUGAAGCAACCUUUCAAUAAUUCUUGCAACUUCUGCAGAUUCUGCACAUUGGGGAGAGUGAAACGUCAUGGUAUCAUUGGGAUUGAGCUAGGAUUUCCACCGCUUGUUGGCGAUGUCUGCAGCAGUAUGCACCUCUUGGACGACGCGAUGACCGUGAUUCAGGGGAAAAUUCCUACUUCCUAGGGAGUGGUAUGGACAGUUUCUGGGACUCGGUACCCGGGAUGCUAAAUUUGUAAUCACUAACAUUAUAUAUUAAUCAACUCUAGCGUAAUUAUAUGAUAAUCAAG